CGUGACCGUCGGAGUGGCGAGCUGGCGGCCGUAGCCCCGGGAAGCACACUGACCACAGACUGCCCGGCAAACAUUAAAUAGUAUAAUUCCGUCCGUCUGCAGGUGAUGUUCUAGUCAUGUCAGAUAAGGAUGCUACAGAGACCCCAACGGUAACUGAAGCAGGCCCGAUCCUUCAAGAUGGGAACUGUGAGCCAACUGAGAAGCCAGAGAAUAAAUCUCAGCCUGUAGCAUCCACUCGGAAAAGACCAGAACCCAUUCUUUCCAGGGACCUUGAGGCUUCUCAGCUUCCUGCCCAGGAGGCUGUUUGUAAAGAUGCACCUCAGACUGGAUGGGGCUACUGGGGCAGCUGGGGCAAGUCCCUGCUCUCCUCAGCCUCGGCUACAGUAGCCACAGUAGGACAAGGUAUUUCAAAUGUCAUCGAGAAGGCGGAGACUUCUCUUGGAAUUCCUAGCCCCACUGAAAUUUCAGCUGAAGUCAAGCAAGCAGCAGGAGAAACAGAUGGCAGUGAGAACGAACGCUCACCAGUGGCUGGUCCUUUCGGGGUGCUCUCGACCAUCUCAACGGCUGUGCAGAGCACGGGCAAGAGCGUUAUCAGUGGGGGUUUGGAUGCCUUGGAAUUCAUUGGGAAGAAGACAAUGGAUGUCAUAGCAGAAGGGGAUCCUGGAUUUAAAAGAACCAAGGGCCUGAUGAACCGGACUUCUACACUAUCACAGGUUUUAAGAGAGGUGAAGGACAAAGAAGAGCGGUGGCCCUCCAGCGAGGUAACCAUGGAAACAGACAAGAAAACUCAUUAUGGGCUACUCUUUGAUGAGUUUCAAGGCCUUUCACAUCUAGAAGCUCUGGAGAUGCUUUCACGAGAAAGUGAAAUAAAGGUGAAAUCUAUCCUUAGUUCUCUGAGUGGAGAAGAAUUACAGAUCACAAGACUUGAGCUAGAGCAGCUCAAAGAAGCGUUCUCCCUAGCAGAUUUCUGUGAGGAAGAGGAGGAGGAGAGACAAGGUGACGAAGAUUUUACCAAGGAGAUAACAGAGCUGUUUGCUCAGCUUCAUGUCUCUUCUAGACCAGAGAAACUCACCAGGGCAAGAAAUACAGCCUACGAAUGGAUUAGAACAUCUCUGGCUAAACCAGCAGCAGAGAAAGAAGGAGGAGAAAAACAGUUGGAGACAGAAAAUGUUGAGGAAGCCAAAAAGAAUUCAAUAGAGGAUAUCCAUGCAUUUGCAAUCCGGAGCUUAGCAGAACUGACUGCCUGCUCAAUUGAACUGUUCCACAAAACAGCGGCAUUGGUCCUGCAUGGCCAGAAGCAGGAAGUGACAGCCUUAGAGAGGAGCCAGACACUUUCUCAGGUGACAGUCGUGCUGUGUAAAGAUCUGGGCUCCCUGUCUAAAGAGUUUACCACCUGCCUCACCACUGCUGGGGUCACAGAAAAGGCGGAUGUCCUGAAUCCAAUAAUCACUGCAGUGUUUCUAGAGGCCUCAAACAGUGCCUCCUACAUUCAAGAUGCCUUCCAGCUUCUCCUGCCCGUGCUGCAGAUCUCGCUCAUCGAGAGCAAGACAGAGUCACCCAGGGGUGAGCCGCCAGCCCAGAGCCUCCUGACGGAGCACUGAAGGACAGAGAGGAGACUACCUGAGAUCAUGAAGGCCGAGAAACCCGACUUUCUUCAGGGAAGCCUUGCAGUCAGAACAAGACAUCAUCAAGUGUGUGAAACCCAGGCAGGAGCGCAGUUCACAGGGCUGUAGGCUCACAGGGCUGCAGGCUCACAGGGCUGUAGGCUCACAGGGCUGCAGGCUCACAGGGUGAAGGCUCACAGGACUGUAGGCUCACAGGGCUGUAGGCUCACAGGGCUGUAGGCUCACAGGGGUGCUUGCUUCUCUCCAUGGCCAAGGCACCCAGAUCAGCAUACUGCUCUUCCCAGUUUUAGAAGUAAUACAGUAUUUGAAAAGACAUAUUUCAGGAAAGUCACUGGGACAUUCUGUCAAAAAUGCUGGACUUUCUUGGAAAUAUCAGAAAACACUAACAAGUUUGACAUGGAUGUAAUUUGUUGCCAGUGGGUUGUUAUACAAAAAAGAAGAAAAUUUCAAUUUAGUAUCCCGGGUUUAAGACAUUCUUUUCACCAUGGGCUUUCUCUUUACUGGAAUAAAGUGUGGCUUUUGCAGAACUGAGACUACAUAAGCCCCAAGUGAGAUGGUCCGACAGGUCCUCUACCCUCUCACCUUGGUAGAUGUUUGGCAUGGAGGAGAAACUUGUAGCUAAUAUAUAUGAACUACAGCAAAGUGCCCUUUGGCUUCAAAUGAUUCCUUUCCCAGCGAGACCCCUGCUCAACUUGAUUCAAGGCCAUUGCAUGUCUGCAGAUGCUGAGUCUCUUCAGACUGUAUUGUGCACACCCUGCCUGAAGCUGCAUUCACGCAGGGUGCAUUCUUCAGCUGCCUACUCCAGAGGGGGAGGAGGCUCUUUUGGUGGUGGGGUUUUUGUUGGUCCUGUGAAUGCUUGCUUAUAACAGGAUUUAGCCUCAGACAUAACACAUCUCUCCCUCAUUGUUCCUUUGUCUUAAUGCAUUUGUUAGUGCACUCUGAAAACAGUUCAAAGACCAUCCUAUACUUUUCAGCCUUCAUUGCAGUUUUCAACAGUUAAGAGCUAUUUUGGUAUCCAGCUAUUUUUAAAAAUGUUUGUUACCUUAGUGGUUUUUAGUGGCUCUGGUAACUUGAGAGCCCUGGCCUUCAUCUUUGAACAACUUUACAAUAAAAUAUGAUUAUGCCUACUUAUAGAUGUGAUAUUUAAAAAAACAUUAAGAAUUAAAAUAUUUUACUUUAA